AUGAAGACGUUAUCUCUCCUUAUUCUUCUUCUACUUGUUGCCAAAGGAGCAUGUGAUGAUGUCAAAUAUAUCUCCAAGAGAAAUUCAGUGGAUGGUUGCAUAGACUGGUCGGUGGACUUGAAGGUGUACCAUGUGCUGGCUGGUGAGCCUGUUCGGGUCAAAUGUGCCUUGUUCUACAGCUACAUACGAACCAACUAUACCAUGGCCACUAAUGUCAAGCUGCGCCUCAUCUGGUACAAGAACAAAGGAGAUGCAGAGGAACCCAUCGUCUUCUCAGGUCAUAGACUGAGUAAAGAAGACGACUCCAUCUGGUUCAGAUCUGCUGAAUUGGAAGAUAAUGGAUUCUACACAUGUGUUCUAAGGAACUCAACAUACUGCAUGAAAGUGUCCAUGUCAAUGAUAGUAGACGAGAGUGAUGAGGGGAAGUGCUACAGCAGCAAAAUUCGCCGUCUGGAGAAAGCGGAGAUAACCCACAGCAAAAUGAUCAUCUGCCCUGACAUAGAAGACUAUUUGGCUCCUUACAAACAGCCACAGAUGACCUGGUACAAGGAGUGCAAGCAAGUAGAAUGGAGAAGCUCCCUUUUCAUUAACACCACCCAUAUUUGGAUUUCUGAGAUAGAGGAGGGUGAUGGGGGAAAUUACACCUGUGAGUUACAGUAUGGAUCCAGAGUGGUGCGAAGAACAACUCAACUCAAAGUUACAGCUCUGCAGACAACUCAACCUCCCAAGGUCCUUUUUCCUCCUGAAAGACAAGCCAGAGUGAUAGAAGCCACACCUGGUAUGCCUCUCUGCCUGGAUUGCAAGGCCUUUUUUGGCUACAGUGGAGACAAUCGGAGGCCUAUCAUCUACUGGAUGAAAGGAGAAAAGUUUAUUGAAGAACUUGCUGGACAUAUUAAAGAGAGUGAAGUCAGAAUCCUGAGGGAACAUUUAGGAGAGAUGGAGGUGGAGCUGUCUUUGACAUUUGAUGCUGUGGAGGAAGCAGAUCUGGCCAACUACACUUGUUACGUUGAGAACCACAUAGGGAGGCGCAGCGGGAGUGCUAUACUGCGGAAAAAAGACAUGUAUCGCCUGGAGUUGGCAGGUGGUCUCGGGGUCAUACUGCUGCUGCUGGGAGUCCUAACUGCUUUUUAUAAGUGUUUCAAUCUGGAGAUCAUGCUCUGCUACAGCCGACACUUUGGGAGUGAUGAAACUGAAGAUGACAACAAAGAGUAUGAUGCCUAUCUGUCCUACACUAAAGUGGACCUAGACUCUUUGGGCAGCAGGCCAAGCAGUGAUGAGGAAAUCUUUGCUCUGGAGAUUUUGCCGGAAGUUCUAGAGAAACAUUAUGGAUACAAACUGUUUAUACCAAACAGAGAUUUAAUCCCAAGCAGUACCCUCUUUGAGGACCUGGCACGCAGUGUGGAACAGAGUAGACGUCUGAUAAUUGUUUUGACUCCAGAGUUUGUCACCAAAAGAGGGUGGCGCAUUUUCCAGGUAGAGACGCGCCUCCACUCCAUGCUGGUAACCGGGCAGGUCAAGGUGAUCAUGAUUGAGUGUGCAAACCUGAAGAAUGUCAUGAACUACCAAGAGGUUGAAGCACUAAAACAUACAAUCAAGGUCUUAUCCAUCAUCAGUUGGAAAGGUCCUAAAAGCAAUGAGCUGUCCUCUAGGUUUUGGAAACAGGUGGUGUAUGAGAUGCCAGCUAAACGCCAGGAGACAUUGUCCAAAUGCCAGGUAAUGGACUCUGGUGAGCAGGGCCUAUUUGGUGACCUACAGACUACCGUGUCCACUAUUGCCAUGACAACCACCUCUGCCUCACUAGCACCCCCUAAUGAAAAUCAUCAUGGACAUCAUCAUAUUGCCUUGGCAACAGAGGUUCCAGACUACAACCAGAUGACCAUACCACUGAGACGGGCUCAUACAGCUACAGCAGCCCAGAUGCGGCAUUUCUACCACAGCUAUGAAUUCCAACUCCCAGAGCAUCCUUCUUCCAUGUCACCUCCGCUUCUAGCUGCCUCCACCAUGCAGUUCUCAACCCUAGGCCCUGGAGGACGUCAUGUCUAUUGCAACAUUCCUAUGGCACUGCUGAAUGGUCAGGGCUUCAAAGAAGUUCACUGGGGAACAAGAGAUGCCACAGAGCAGUACACUUGGGAAGAAACCAGAGCUGCACUUGAAGAGCACCUUCGCACCCCUCACCAGCAGAGAACUAAACUCUGA